CGUAGCUAACUACCUCAGUCCUCAAGACGCGUCUACAUAGUGUGUUUACUUGCUCCUGCUAAUGCUAGAGCUAGUCUACUACUAGCUCAAGGCUCCGCAGCACUGAUUACCAUCCUAUUCUCAGCCGCAAGCAUGUUGUAGAUAUAACAGUAAUUGCUGACAAAACAAUACUACUUGAACGAUGUGUUAUUUAAGCCUUCUAACAUAACAUGAAUGCUAGUGGCAAACCUCACCUUAACAGCGGACCCGCAUCGUGAAAGAAACGGCUCCAGUGGUGCCAUGUACAGACAUAAGAGAUGAGAAUGAAGCCCACGCGCAAUCUGGUCCUGGGGCUAUGUUCCAUGCUGGUCCUGGGAUUCCUCUAUUACUCCUCUGGGCGACUUCAUUUACGUGGAUGGGGACAGAAGUCACUGUAUGACAAACAGGGAUUCCUGCUGAGGCUAAAUAGCAGCUUGCCGCUGGAGCUGAUGUACAAGUAUGGCAAUCUCAGCAAGGGAGCCUGCAAGCCAGACUACGCGGCCGCUAAGAUGACCGCCAUUUAUCCCAAGUUCACCAAGCCAGCCCCCAUGUUUCUCGACACAAACUUUCGACGGUUCUCCAAGAUCGGCAAUUUUUACCCCCCUUUCGGAGUCAAGCUACAAGAAAAGAUGAUCAAUAUUAUUUUGACCGCCACGAAGAACUACGGUCUGGGUGCUGAGCUGGACAGCUUGAGCUGCAAGAGGUGCGUCGUCAUGGGAAACGGAGGCAUCCUCGCCAACCGCUCCCUGGGCCCGACGAUCGACGAGUACGACGUGGUGGCAAGGCUCAACGAGGCCCCGGUGAGGGGCUACGAGAGGGACGUGGGCUCCAGGACCACCCUGCGCAUCACCUACCCCGAGGGCGCCAUCCAGAGGGCGGAGCGCUACGAGGCGGACUCCCUGUUCGUCCUCUCCGCCUUCAAGUCCCUGGACUUCAAGUGGCUGCGGAGCAUGAUCUUCAACGAGAAGCUGCGCAAAACGGACGGGUUCUGGAAGUCGGUGGCCCGCCACGUCCCCAGGGAGCCCAGCGAGGUGCGCAUCCUCAACCCCUACUUCAUCCAGGAGGCCGCCUUCAAGUUCAUCGGCCUGCCCCACAACAACGGGCAGAUGGGGAGAGGGAAUAUCCCGACACUGGGGACGGUUGCCAUAACAAUGGCGCUCCACAACUGUGACGAGGUGGCGGUGGCCGGGUUUGGUUACAACAUGAGCACGCCCCACGCCCCCCUGCACUACUACGAGAAGAUUCGGAUGUCGGCCAUCAAAGAGUCGUGGACUCACAACAUAUCAAAGGAGAAAGAGUUCCUCAUCAAGCUGGUGAAGGCCGGAGUCAUCAAGGACCUGACCGGUGGGAUCUGUGGGUCGGGGUGUUGAUCGCCUCUGGUCUCCCCGCUGGUUGUCCUCCCUCCCCUCCCUCCCGUCCCCCCUCUCCACCCUCCAGCUCUCAGGGACGGAGGAGGGACCGGGGGAGAGCGGUGGGCCCUCGUCGACCUGCAGCCCGCGCCGACACCCCGCGGCCUCGAGGGGUCGAACGGCGAUGACGGAAUGUAGGAGUUGACUCUUGCUGAUGGUGGAUGGAGAUGGGGGGAUCCUGGGUCACACUCUUCCACUCUCCAGGGUCCGUUAAAGAGAGGAGGGGUGGGUGGAUGGAUGGAUGGAGGGGCCUUUCCUGUAGUGUUGAAGCACCGCGCAGAUUACCUCCCGAGGAAGUGUCCUUGUGCUUCUGAAUGUAUUCCCGGAAAAUGAAACCAGAAACCGUUCUGGCGCUUUUAUUUCUUCUCAUUUCAAGUGUUCACUGUUUUGGCUCGCCUCGCAACGUUUUUUAAGGACUGUUUUUCGUCCAGGUAGCAAUGUACACAUUCAGCUGCUUCCAGGAAACAUGGGGCAGGGCAGGGCAGGUGCUGGAUUUCUCCCCACACCCUCCUUCCCCUUUUAAGUUAUUUUAAAGUUAUUUACCUUGAGAGGUUUCUUUUGAUGUGACCCCUUCUUGUUUGGCUCAGUUCAGAGUUAAAAGGAGCACCAGCCCUUGAUAAACGUAUUUAUUUUUGGUCAAACCGCCGAGGACUCCUUGUUUUACAGUCCUGCUUUGGACAGAGAGACUGGGCUGUGUUUGGGCUGUGUUUGGGCUGUGGUCUGUCCAUCAGUGUGCUUCCCUAAACACUGAACUCGAUCAUAUUUCGCUCAUUCUCGACAGCUUCCGGAAUUUCAAGCUCUCUGGUCAGACAUAAACAGUGUUCUUCUUAAUUGUCAGUGUAAACAAGCUUUAUGACUAAAAGUAAAAAAAUAAAUUUAAAAAAGAAACACUUCCAUUUUAUUGUUAUAUGUUUAUUAUUAUUAAAUGAUAGACUGUGUUCGGAAAGUUUCUUACAGUAUGUAUGCCUGUCAAACAAAUUGAUGGUGACAAAGCUAUUUCUGUUCAAUCUUCGAUUGUUAUUGAUUGAUUCUGGACUUGUUUCUGUGCACAGCCAAAGUAUGUGGCGUGUAUUUCUUAUCCUUUAUGCGCCCAUACAUUGAUUGUCAAGAUAAUUUGAGAAAUAAAUCAUAACAUACUG